ACACGAACAGAAAUGGAGGUCGAUCAAAAUAUCAUCGUCGCCGUGUGCGGCCGUCCUGUCCUGUACGACACCACGAUGGUGUCGUACAGGGACAGGAACAAAACAGAGAGGGCGUGGGUCGACGUGGCAGAGGAUAUUGGCGUUCCUGUGGACGUAUGUCGCAGGAGGUGGAAGUCACUCAGGGACAGGUACAUGAGAUACAAAAAGAAUGAAAAGGAGGGAAAAAAGAGCGGGUCAGCGGCAGGGAGAGUGGACACGUGGAGAUUUGCUAGGGUCCUGUCCUUCCUCGACCCCUUUGUCACCCCGAGGGAGACCAGCAGCAAUUUACCUCUGGGGGCAGAGGAGGUUGAGGGGGACGGGGCUCCAGAGACUCCACUGACGGGGGCAGGAGAAGAUGAGGAGCUUGAGCAGGCAGCAGCAUCGCACAAUACAGCUGUAUAG